AAUGAAGAAGGAAACGUUAGCGAUACGUGGCUGUCUGUGCUUCGCGAGUGGGUGUGUAAGUCAGUGUUAUAACCUCGUGCUCGUUAACGGGGGUACUCUAAAGCAUGGAGUUACGGGGACCAGGAUUCGUGGUCUUGCUUGUAGGAGCCACUCUAGCGACCGCAAGCACCGACCUCGAAGUCAGAAUCGGAGAGCACUUACAACACUUCGCAGACGUCCGCUUCCCUGACAUCAAGCACACUGACAGCUGGCUCAAGGCUCGAGCAUACAUUAAGGAUCAGUUUGAGAAAUAUGGACUCGCGGUUGAGUUACAGACUUUCACUACAACGGUUGUAACGGCGGAAGGAGAUGCGAGUCAAGUGGAAGGCACCAACAUCAUUGGAAUCGCAAAGUCGGCCACCGAUCGAGCGGGCGGCGUGGUGCUCGUGGGCGCCGACUACGACACCAACGCCCGCGGGGAACCAGGUCCUCUCUUCAACAACGGCGCGGGCGUGGGGGCGUUGCUGGAGACGGCGAGACUCCUCAUGAGUAAGGCAGGACCGGAGGGCGACCUCAGGAUGGAGCACACGACCGUCUUCGUGGCCUUUGACCUCAAUACGGAAGAGCAUGACAGCGGCCCUGGAAAGCCCGGCGGAUGGUACUUUGUGAACGAAUGGUUGUGGGAAUACGUGAACCAUUCUGACACUCAUUUCAGCGGAGCCUUCGUUCUAGAUUCCCUCAUGAACGUUAAUCAAAACGCACAUUCGCAAGACGCACAUGAGGAUUUCCGGCUGAUGUUCCCGGAUACUUACACCCGCAUCGUUCAGUCUAACAACAAGGGCAAUUUUCUGGGAGUAGUUACGUUACCUGAAGAGAAGGCUGUUGAACUGAAGGAUCAGUUUACGGGGAACUAUAACAAGCUCCGCAUGGCAGAGACGUUCCGACUGGAAGACAUGACUCUCCCUGACAACACUUCCGUCAGCGAACUCUUCUCCGAACUGACAACACAAGACACCGUCAACUUCUGGUCCUUCACUGCCAACGGGAAAAUGACACCGCUUCCUGCUGUCCUCAUCACUGACACCGAGAACCUCCGCCACGCCCCCUCGACCCCCUGUGAGAACGUAGAUUGUCCAACAGAAAACUGGCUGACGGCAGAACGACAGGAUUUUCUCGUCAGCACUGUAAAGGCACUCACCAACACCCUCUUGGAACGUCAGGCACGUCAGCUGACAGACUUGGAAAACCACCUCAGACAUUUCGAGGAAGCGAGGAAUCCGCAGCUACCCGACAGAAGACCUUACGAGAGAGCGCGGGCCUAUAUCAAAGACAAGUUUGGCGAAUAUGGACUCGAAAUUCACGUCCAGAAUUUCGAUACGGUUAUUUCCGGGCCGGGCGGCGAUGUUAUAGUCCCUGGAGAGAACAUCAUAGGCGUCGCAGAAGGGGAGGCAGUGGGCGGACCUGUACUCGUCGUGGGCGCGGAUUAUGACACGGGCGUGCAAGAUUCACCGCUGGAAGACAACGGGGCGGGCGUGGCUGCGUUGCUAGAGGUUGCAAGGCUCUUCAUGCAACAGACGGCCGUUGCUGGAGGCUUUUUUGAGCGGCUCAGUUCCGUUAUAUUCGUGACUUUUGAUCUGAAUGCUAAGGAAUACGGCAGCAGUCAAACGGGCAAGCAAGGAGCCUACCAUUUUCUCCACCACUGGCUGUGGAAUUACGUCAACCAAUCAGCUGUCAACUUUGGCGGCGCUUUCAUUCUCGACUCGAUUGCCAAAUACAGCGAGAUGGACAAUUCUCAAUAUGUGUUCGAGGAAUUCGUUACUGCAUUUCCCGACGCGUCACGUGACAUCGACAAGCACAACAACAGAGGCAACUUUCUCGCCGUGUUUACGAGAGAAGACGAGACAAGCACUCGACUUGCAAAGGCAUUUUCAGACAAUUACGAAAAGGACAGACGCGCUCGCUUCGUCAGACUACAAGAUUUUACGGUUAGAAACGGACCGUCUUAUAAGGGAGUCUUCGAGAUGUUCAGUCACCAGUCGCAUUUCCCUUUCUGGUCCUUCACUCCUGACGAAGACCUGGUUCCUCUCCCUGCUGUCCUCCUUACCGAUACAGACGUAUACAGAAACACGGAGGAUCCUUGCACUCGCCCUUGCUCGUCCGCCGGCUUCCUCACCAGGAGACGAAGAGCUGUUAUCACUAACAUCGUAGAUUCUGUCACCAGCACAUUACUACAGCUCCAGGCGAAGAGAGCAGAACGGCCCACAGUAGCGCCUGUUAUAGGGAACGGCGGAGAACGGUCUAGAUCGACCUCCUUAGCACUCACAACCUUCGUUUUUUGCCUGGUCUUCGUUUUGCAGUGAAUUAGUGUUCCUGAAGUUACUACCAGGACUGUGUUCAGCGAGUGAUUCAAGAGAGAGAAAGAGAGGCAAAGAGAAAAAAGAGAGACAAAGAGAGACAAAGAG